AUGAAAAGGGAUGGAGAGCAAAAGGAGGGAGCGCAAAGGGAGGAAGGUGAAAAUGUGAACGAAAGACCGAAACAGAUCGAGCAACUCGGGGACCACUCUUGCGGCUUGCACUCCGAGGAAGACUCUGCGACAAACGAUUUUAGGCGAACCAGCUGGAUAUACAAGAAUAUAGAGAAUAUGCUGAAGGAGGCAAAUGAAAAAUGUAGCAAUUUAAACGAGAGGGGUGCGUUGGGUGGAGGUAUCGAAUUGGAGCUACUUCUUGGGAAGAGUGAAAAUUCAGCGAAAUUUACCAGCCACGUCAACUCGCGCAGACCAUCCAAAUUGUCCAGUUCGCACAGUUCGUCCAGCCCAACCAAUUCGAAGUCAUCAAAGCAUCUCACGUCAAGUUACUCCUCCGGAUCGAUCGUCUCCCAAAGCAGCAGCCACACGUCGGACGAAAUGGAUAACAUAUCCCUUAGCGAUGAAUUGUCCGUAAAUGAAGAUUCUACUGGGGAAGAUGGAAAUGGAAGUAGCUCCAUUGCUACAUCGAGCGGGGAUGGAAUAGAGAACAGUGAUAGCAAAACCCCCAACAAUAGCAACAGUCGAGAUGGAAGUAACGAUGAGGGAGGUGAUGAAAAGAGUCUCACUGGAGGUACGCCCAGCAAUACCCGCGAGGAGGACAACCAUCCAAAUGUGUACUACAACUGCAUAACCAUAUUUUCACUGAACAGUUAUUUGUAUAAUGACAUGUACAGAUAUAACCCUCACCUGUACGGCAUUUACGAGACCUGCAGAAAUAACGAAAAGAGGUGCAAAAAAAUUGGCUUACUUUGCUCUCAAUUCGACUUAAUAUUUCUCAGAUCUGUCUUUGGAAAAUAUCAAAAGAAUUUAUAUGAUGUAUUGAAAUAUACUCAUACUGUUUUGCUGGACAAUGUCCCCUCAUCAUAUACCAUUUUAAAUGAAAUUUUAUAUACCCUCCAAAAUUAUGUGAACGGAAAUGGGGGGCUAUUCAUCUGCUGGAGGAAAAAGCUCUUCCACUUGUCCUACUACGAUUAUAUGUUUUUAUCAUCCGACAUUUUGUUUAAAAGGAAAGUUAUAAAAAUUGUGAAAUUAAUUUUUAAAGGAAAAUACAAUUUGUACAUUUUACACUGCGAAUUCGAUUUAUAUAACGCUAAGAAUAAGCUGAGCAAUUUGGACGAUCUAGUUGUACUGAUGAAGAAAACGUUGUGGAAAAUUUAUCUCUUCCAGAUAUUUUACAUAAAUAGGAGACUAUUCAAACGGAGGGAAGAAUCUCCGUGCAAUGUGGAGGAAUUAUCUACACAUGGGCAUGUUGACAAAAUUGAGGCAAUAGCAAAAAUGAGCAAAGCGGAGAAGGAACUACAGAUCAAGGAAGAAGUGGUAGGUUCCUUUUCCAACCUGGGGGAUGACGAAAAAGGGGAUAGUACCCACAGUCACAAUGAUGACGCAUCGGAUACGUUGAAGGGAAACCAAACGGAUAAACCCCUAACAACCAUGACUUUUAGAAAUAGUUCCAUGUUAGUUAUCGGAAGCUUCAACAUAGACGUUAAGGAAGACGGGGCACUAUACGACAAACUUGUAAAUCUGAACGGCCAAGGAAAAAUGAAAGAUUUAUUUUUUCACAAAAAUAUUAAUUAUAAAUUACAAAAAACGUACGAUAUUGUGGAACGGAAGAACACGCUGGUUAGUGGAUUGAAUUACUCAUUUGGAUUGACAGAUAAUAUUUUCCUCGUAGAGUCCUUUUUCAUCAACGCGGAAGACAUCAAGGAACUCAGCUAUUUAUUUAGCCCCUCAGAUGUGAUCUCCGAAAAAAUGAGCAAGUUAAAUAAAUCUCUAAGUAGGUACAAUUUGGAAAACUUUUCUCAACUGAUUAACAAAAAUGGAGUGCUCAUAAAAUUUCAAGACGUCUUUAACUACGGAGUUGAUAUAUUAACGCAGAGGAAGGGCAAAGAAUUUAGUGACCAUUGGGCUUUAUCUGCACGGCUACAUUUAAAAAAUCCCAGUAAAAGUAUCAACCUCCAUAUAGAAAAACAGCUCCGUAACUUCUUGUUCAACGUUGACAGGUACUUCGUUCUGCGGAAAAGGUCUUACCACGAACUGUGCGCUGUGGUGAGUUCUGCCCUCUCAGGGGAGCAGAACCCCAAUCGGGGCGGUAAAUAUGCAGGGGAUAAAUUUAAAAAAAAGAACCACAAUGAAGAAGCCAAAAUGGACAAGUAUAACUAUUCACAGAGGUGUAUAAUAUCAAGUGUAAACAUUAAUUGCAUUCACAAGGUGGAAAAACGGCUGUACAACACCCUGUCCAGGUGUUUCGAAUCUGAUUGA